AUGGCAGUGGAGGCUCCAGAGGAUGCCGGAAACUGCAGAUAUGGUGAAGCGUUGGAGGUUCAUCUCCAGAGCUCAGACCCGAAGGUGAGACAGCACUCUGUCAUCAUCCUGGGUCAUGUGGGCGAAAGGGCACACCCUUCGCAUGCCGCCGUGGUGGUAAAGCGAUUCCAGGACAGCGAGCCAGCGGUGUUUGCAUCCACCGCUGUGGCGCUCGCCCGGCUAGGUGCACCUGGUGCAGCCGCGCUCGCCAAAGAACUUGGUGAGGAACGGUCCGAGCUCGAGCAGCAGGUGGUUUGCGAAGCACUCGGCCGCAUGCCGAACUGGCAAGCGGCAGUGGCCCACAUGCCAGCAUUGAUGGCAAGGCUUCAGGAUUCGGCUGUCAACACCCGGCGGGCGGCAGCAGAAGCGGUGUGUCGGCUCACCUUCAUUGGUCCGAAGGAGGCCCUCGAUGCCUGUCCUGGACUCCAACAUCAGCUGGUUGGGUGCUUGAAAGACGGCGAGGAUACCGUAAGAUUUAUUGAAACUCACCUAGCAAAUCUUGUGCCGGCCAUGGGCAAUGCCUGCCGCUGCGACAGCUGCGAGACGGAUGCCACAUAUUUCGCGCUCUCAGAGUUGAAAAGGAGGUUAGAGGGCCAAACCAAAGUGGUGCAGCCGGAUCCCAGGAUCGAUCCAAAGGUACAUGUCACAUUUCUCGCUGUGGACAAAGAAGAUGGGGGAGCUGUAUCCUUCAGCCCGGUGAAAUUCACACUGCGUGACGUGCGAUUCCAGACUUCCUGCCUCAUUGAAGGCACAAAGACGCAGCUUGCUGGUGCGGCGGCUGCAAAGGGUGCUGCGGCCGGCUGCAAAACGGCAGGAGUGAGUGAGGGUCUUGCCAGAAGCAUCGUUAACGGCAUGGUGUCCGCUGGACGAACAGCUUCUUCUGCCGCUGACUCGGCAAAGGAGAUGCUGCGGUUUGAGACUGCAACCCAAAGAACUGUCAAAGUAGAUGUCACCGUGGACUUGAUCAAGGAGCUGAAUGUCGAAGAAGUUUCAGUCGUGAUCAAGGAUUUCCGCACCGAUGUUAAGCUUGCAGAGAUGAUCCUCUCCGUCAAGACAUUCCGUGGUUUCGUGGAGCGAGCAAUCUCGGCCAAAGCGAGCGAGAUUGCCACGAGGAUGGCAAGACAACGGACAGACGGGUUCUUCAACAAAGCAUUGGUGCGGGCUGCAGCGGCAACAGCAGAGGCACACACCGCAUCUGCAGGCGGUGCCGACGUGCUGGGCAGUCUAUUGAAAGAAGACAUACCAGCUUCAGACGAGGACGAAACUAGUGUGCGCAGUCUGCGCAUAGCUGCUGCAUUGCACGGCUUGUCGCAGUGCCCCGAUGAGUUUGUGAGCCCGUGGAUACACCUCGUGGUGCAACGGCUGGACGAUCCCUCACCCAACGUACAGCAUGCAACGAAGGUCGCUCUUGGGUGCUUAGGCAGCUCUUGCGCCGAUUCGAUUGCAGAAGGCCUCAGUACGGAGGAUCCCUUGCUCCGCGCAGGCUUGGCUCGUGCUCUUGGCUACGUGGGCUGUCCAAACGCACUACCUUAUACCAACAUGCUGGCGAAGUUGUUGGACAGAACUGUUGAGACACAUGCAGAAGUUCGAAUCGCUGCUGCAGAAGCACUUUGUAGACUCGGACCUCAAGCAGGAAAGUCCGCUGCAUCUGCUCUGACAGACUACCUGCUACUCUGCGAAGGUGAGGCAGGAUCUCGAGAGAUGGAGGCGGCACAAAAGGCUUUGGUUGGUUUGCAAGAUGUGACUCACGAGCUGCUACCUCGAAUUCUCGGGGAUCCACGUCCGGAAAUGAAAUGUGCUGCGCUGGAAAUUUGCGAAGCGCUUGGGAGCGUCGGCGCAGAGUUGGUUGAUGGCAUUGUCGAGUCUGCAAGUUGCCCGGAUGACCUAGUGAGGCAGCGCACGGUCCAGGCUUUGAGUGUGGUUUCCGAUGCGGUCAUUUCCAACAAAGUUCUUCCCAAGCUUCUGCAAGACCCAAGCCUGCUGGUCUCGAAGAUGGCAGUAGCAAUGGCGGGUAAGUUGGGAGCUUCCGCAGCCACUCACGCAAUGGCUGUGGCAAGACAUUUGACCAGCUUCGAUCCAGAUCUUAGGAGAACGGCUGCGCAGUCCUUGGGGCAACUGGGUCAGCUGCCAAAAAGUGUUGCCAAAGAUAUUGCAUCAACCUUCAAGUCUGAGAAGAGGGAGGAGGUGCGGAGGCUGCUGAUCCAAGCCUUGGCAGCACAAGGAGCAGCGGCCAGCCCCUUUGGGCAGCUCUUCCACACAAAUCUCAAGGACCCGUCCGUGCCCAUGCGGGGUGCCUGCAUUGACGCUCUCGGAUGCAUCGGGGAGGGUGCAGCCGACCAUGCUCCAACGGUCGUGUCGCUUGCGCUGGCGGAUGAAGACGACAGCGUGCGACAAGAGGGAGUUCAGGCCCUAGGCCAACUUGGACGACCUGGAAUUUUUGCACUUGCUGCACGCCUGGAGGAUCCAAAUGCAGCGAACCGACGGUCUGUUCUGGAGGCCUUGCAAGUCCUGUGCAAGCUGCCGGUGACCCAAGAAGCUGGUCCAGCAGUGAUGCGGGCACUGAAGGACAGCACAGCAGAAGUGCGCGGCGCAGCAUGCAUGACGCUUGCCCUUCUUGCGGCCGAGCAAGUGGCGCAGGAAUCCUCUGACGGACAAUCGGCAGACAAGCCCGAGGAAGAGGACAAGCUAUAUCAACUCAAGGUCGAGAGCGGCCUCGUUCGCAGAAAGGGUACCGACCAGGCAAUGCUCGUGGCGAACAAGUUGAGAGGCCUGCUGGAAGAAGACGACAGCCCGGAGGUCCAGGCUGGCUGCCUCCAUGGGCUACGCGCCGUGGGGCCAAAUUUUGCAGGUCCUCACGCGCAGGCUCUUGCAGGGUUUGCUGGUGCGAGCUCGAAAGACUUCAGGCAGACGGUCCUGCUGACCCUCGGAAGCUUACAAGAAGCAGCAGUGCCAUUCGUGGACUUGCUGGUCUCCCACCUUGGAGUCGAGGGAAACGGAAGUGAGGAAGAUGUGGAAGUCCAGACUGCAGCGGCCACAGCUCUGGCAGAAUUGGGUCUGUUAGCUGUGUCCGCUACGCCUUCACUGGCUCAACGGCUGCUCAGCGGCUCAACUACCCACACAAGUGAUCCACAGGAAAUAGCGGAACGCAAGCAAGCUGCUCGAUUCACUGUGGCAUCUGCACUUAGUCCUGCAGAGCCCAGCGGAUGCCAGAAGCGACCGGGCCCCCGGAACAGCCGAAACGACUGGGAAGCUUGGCAGCUGCCCCGCUUGCCCAGAUCCGACGGACUGGAUUUAGGCUACGCGGAUGCGAAGGCCGUGGCCGCACAGAGACAGAAGCAGCCAACAUUCAAGCUCCAGACAGCUUGCAUCCGAGCGCUGGGGUGUAUGGGGGAGACAGGCGCAACCUUGCUCACGGAGUGCUUGGAGCGCACGGAGCCAGAAAUUCAAGCGACGAUGCUCCAGACCUUGCGUGCUAUUCCUGAAGCUUUGAGUUUCAAGGUUGGACAGGCUGUCAUCGGCAAGUUGGAAGAUUCCGAUGCAGAAGUACGACAGGGUGCUGUUGACUUCCUUUACUACGCCGCAGAGGCCGGCAAAGCAGAUGAGAUGAUCAGCCCGGGUAUGUCCAACGAGGAUCCCUACAUCAGGCACCUCCACGUUCAGGCCAUGGCCCUGCUGGAAACCAUCGCGGCACCAUACGCUAUUGUUGCUGCCCGCCGGCUGCGUGACCCGUGCUGGUCAGUUCGCACCUGCGCGAUUCGGUGCUUGCGCAACAUGGGCCCUACCGCGAUUCCUGUGCUGGAAGGUGGCUUGAAGGAUGCAGAUGUUGAAGUUCGUCUUUCAUGUGUGGAAGCAUUGGGUCGCUUCGGAGAAGCCGCGAGUGACUCCGCGACCGCGCUUGCCAAGUGCCUGUCGGACGAGUCUGAAAUGGUUUGGCAUGAGGCUUUCGAAGCCUUGACAAAGAUCGGUCCAGCUGGUCCCGACAAACUGGCAAAGAGCAUUCAGAGUGCAAGCACACCGCAGGUGCAACAACGUGCUGUGGACUUCCUUGGUGCCUUUGGCAAGGUAGCUGCGCCAUACGCCCAAGUCGUCGCUGGCCUCCUGGGAUGCGGCGCAGACAAGUUGGAGAAGUCCGCGGUAGCAGCCCUCAAGUCCAUGGGAGAGUCUGGCGCGGCCGCCGUUUCGCCAAUUCUGCUGCACCCUACGCCGCCGGUGCACGAUUCCAUAAACAUGCUGGAUGACGAGCUGAAGGAAGCACAACUGCAGCGGCGAUUGACUGCAGCAGCUGCUCUCCGCGAGUUUGGUGAGGACAGCUUCGGACAAGCAGCAGCUGUGGCGCACUGCCUUCACGACCCAGAGCCUCUGGUGCGGAAGGAGGCGGUGGCAACCUUAAGAACGCUGAGCGUUGCCGGCGCAAACGCCCUGGGAGCGCUCUUGGAUGCGAGCAUCAAGCUGGAUGUGAGAGUCCUUGCCAUAGACACUCUCGGCAAAAUGGGCGAUGCCGCCCGAGAGUGGAUAGCUCCAUUGGCAAAGUGGCUGGAGGACCCGGCUCCAGAGGUGAGACGAAGCGCUGCAGUCGCUCUUGGAGAACUCGCAAAUGCGCACUUGGUGGGCGAGGUUGCGGAGCACGUUGAGCUUUUGGCAACUGGCGUACACGACGGAGAUGCAUUGGCACGCCGUAGAUGCAUAGAGACACUGGGGAAGCUUGGUGGAAGCGCAAAGCCCUACACGGAAUCAAUGGCACAGAUUUUGGAAGGAAUCGAUAGCUGGAAUUGGACGCCCGUCGCAGCCGCGUUGGCUGAAUUGGGUACAGCCACCUCAAAGCAUGCCGACAUUCUCGCAGACAACCUCGCACACGAUGCCCGGUCUGUGCGGUGGAGCGCGGCCAGUGCACUGUCCAAACUCGGUCCGACAGCAAAGGAGACCAUCCCACCCUUGGUCGGGUUCCUGAAAUCGGAAGAGGUUUCGCUACGUUGCAUCGGGGCGCAAGCAUUGAUGGUCAUCGCCGAGGGCCCAAACAGCCUGGAAGAGUCCUUUCUGCCUUUGCUCUCGGACAGCGAUGCCAAAGUGCGAGAGCUGGCUUGCCAAGCCUUGGCCAAAUGUGGCUGCCGGCAGACGGAGAUGCUUGCAGAGAAGCUGACGGACACAGAGACCUUUGUUCGGCGCGCGGCCGCCACAAGCUUGGGAGAACUGGGAGAGGAUGCUGCCAAGCAUGCAGGCGACUUAGUCGAGCUACUCCUGGACUUUCACACCUCCGUGUCUAUGGCAGCUGCAGCAGCGCUGAUCACAUUGGGAGAAGCUGGCGCGACUGCGCUCAUGCAAAGGUUGCUAAACGGCGGCAAAGAGCAAGAGGAGGACACAAAGGAGGAAGGGGCAGAUGAUGACGACGCGGAGCCAGAAAAUGGUACGCUGGAGCGAAUCAUGCUCGAUGCUUUGCAGGGAGCACCGGAACAAGUCAUCGAACCAUACGCAGACGUCCUGGUUGUCUUUCUGGCAGCCAAUGAGCCUGAGAUCCGUCUCGCGGCCUGGGCGUGUCUGUCAAAGGUGUCGGAAAGCGCAUUCGAGUUCAUGGUGAAGCGUGCCACCGACUCGCACGUUGUUGUGCGCAAAGGUGUGGCGGAGGCGAUUGCCUUCUUGCUGGCGGGCAAGGAGGUGGACACACCAACUGGUAUGCAAAGGAAGGCAGCAGAGACUUUGGCCCUGCAGCUUACAGAUCCAAGCGAAGUCGUCAGGCAGCAAGCUUGCGAGGGAUUUCUGCGGAUUGGUGGACCAUUGGCCGAAGCUCACAUCUCUGACUUGGCAAGACGCCUGCAGGAGCACGAUGUUCGAGUGUACCGAUCUGUGAUAGACACUCUCGGCAACUUGGGGGUGGCUGCUGCCCAGCACGUCUCGCUGAUUCGAGCGCGGCUAGAGGCGCCAGAUGUUCAAGUAAGACGCAGCGCUGCCACGGCGAUUGGCAAAAUGGGUGCAGCCGGAGUUCCCUCAGUCCCAAUGCUGGUGCUACGGUUGGAGGAGGAUGCUGAUGUCCCGGUCAAGAGAUGUGCGGUGGAGGCGCUGGGUUCGCUGGGAGCUUUCAGCAAGCAGGCGGCUGCACACAUCGCCAAGAUGCACGCAAAUCGCUUGGCGUCCCACUUGAUAAUGAACGAAUCGGCAUGCAUUCGGCAAGCCUGUGCUGAAGCUCUAGGACAGCUCGGCCCGCCUGCUUGCGGUUGCCUGCAUGAGCUCGUACUGGCUUUGAAUGACUCGGACGUGAAGGUUCGGAGGGCCGCGGCCCAUGCAUUGGCGGGGCUUGGAGACGGGGCUGCUCCAGAAGCCGUGGCGAUUGUGCGGAGCAUUGAGGACUUUCGAAGCUGUACCUUACGCUUCAAAGUGUUGGAGAUUGACCGGGGUAUGUGUAGGGUUACGGACUCGGUACACCAAAGCCCUAGUUCGAUUUCAGCUUGUGAAGCGGUGCAUGCGCGCUAUGGGCAGUUCAGUGGGUAA